AUGGACCCCGACCCCUCUCCGCCCAGCCCGGAGCCCCCCGCCCUAUUAAAAACCUACAAAUGGCUCAGCCCGCUCCAGGGGGACCCCGAAAAAAUCGGGGGGACCCCCGGGAGCCGCCGCUGGGCGAGGCUGCAGGGCUGGAAACGCUCCUACAGCCACCCCGACACCGAGGGCGGCGACAAAACCGGCGACAAAACCGGCGACAAAAUUGGUGACAGAGCUGGUGACAAACCCGGUUACAAGCCUGGUGACAAAUCUGGUGACAAAUCUGGCGGCACCAAGGCCAGCGCGAGGCGGUCGCUGUUCCAAAGGGCUUUUUCUGCCCCCUCCAAGUGGCCCAGGGGACACUCGGGGACGCGAGGGGACACCAGGGGACACGAGGGGACAAAGCCACCCCCGGCGCUGCAGCGGUACCUGAGAGGAGCGGGGAGGAGGAGGGGACACGGUGACAGCCAGGAGGGGGAGGGGACAGUGCCACCCCUGGGGCCACCCGCGGUGUCCCCGGUGUCCCCCGAUGUCACCGUGUGGGACGUGUCCCAGUUCUCGCUGCAGGACGGGCGCCUGGUGCCACUGGGCAGGGAUGACGAGGGCUGGUGGCACAGCAGGACCCGCGCUGGCAGCGCCACCUCCGAGGCCACCGCGGGCAGGAGGGACCCGGAUCCGGGGGUCCCGAGGAGCCCCGAACAGGAAACGGCCGCGAGCACCCCGGGCAGCAACGUCAGGGGUUUGCUGUGGAAGCGCCUCCUCCGGGACAGGAAAACUCGAGGUGGCUCCAAAAGUGACACCGCGGUGACACCCGAGGGUGACAGGGUCCCCAGCCGCUGCGGGUCCCACGAGUCCCUGGUGCCACCCCCCGAGCUGGACCUGACUGGGGACAAUGUCACCAUCCGGCCCGUGCACGGCAGCGUGGUGGGGGAGAGGUUCUGCUUCCAGGUGAUCACCCCCGGCUGCAGCCGCUCCUUCGGCUGCUCCUCCCUGGCCGAGCGUGAUCGCUGGAUCGAGGAGCUGCGGCGGGCGGCGCGGCCCGACAAGGACAACUGCGAGCGCCAGGAGCUGGCUCUGACCCUCUGGGUCUACGAGGGCCGGGACCUCCCCCCUCGCCGCCGCCUCCGCUGCCACCUCCAGCUGGACGGCGCCACCUUCGCCCGCACCACGGCCAAGCCGGCCGGCGCCGACGGCCAACUCUUCUGGGGCGAGCUCUUCCAGUUGGCCGCGCUCCCCCCGGCGCGCGCCCUCACCGUCGCCCUGUGCCGCGACGACCACCCCGGGCAGCCGCUGGCCACCGUCACCGUCCCGCUGGCCGAGCUGGCGGCGGCGCGGCAGCCCCUGGAGCGUUGGUACACGCUGGGCGGCGCCGGCGGCGAGCGGGCGCCGGCGGUGCGGCUGCGCGGGCGGUACCGCGAGGUGCGGGUGUUGCCCAUCGUGCGCUACAAGGAGCUGGCGGAGUUCAUCACCUUCCACUACCGGGAGCUGUGCGGCCGCCUGGAGCCGGCCAUCGCCGUGCGGCACAAGGAGGAGCUGGCCGGCGCUUUGGUGCGCGUCCUGCAGAGCACCGGCAAGGCCAAGUCGUUCCUGAUCGACCUGGGCAUGGCCGAGCUCGACCGCUUCGAUGACCACGAGGCGCUGAUCUUCCGCGAGAACACCUUGGCCACCAAGGCCAUCGACGAGUACAUGAAGCUGGUGGGGGCCAAGUACCUGCAGGACACGCUGGGGGAGGUGGUGGCCCAGCUGUGCAGCUCCGAGGAGAGCUCUGAGGUCGAUCCCAGCCGCUGCUCGGGGCUGGAGCUGCCCGAGCACCGGCAGCACCUGCGCCAGGUGUGCGAGGAGACGCUGCGGCGCAUCACCGACGGCUCCGAGUCCUUCCCGGCCGAGCUGGCCGAGGUGUUCGCGGCGUGGCGCGGCGAGUGCGCGGCGCGGGGCAAGGCGGCCAUCGGGCAGCGCUUGGUAUCGGCCUCGCUCUUCCUGCGCUUCCUGUGCCCGGCCAUCAUGUCCCCGAGCCUCUUCGGCCUGGUGCAGGAGUACCCCGGCGAGGCCACCGCCCGCACGCUCACCUUGGUGGCCAAAGUCAUCCAGAACUUGGCCAACUUCACCACGUUCGGCGAGAAGGAGCCCUACAUGACCUUCAUGAACGAUUUCCUGGAGCACAACUGGGCCACCAUGACCGAGUUCCUGGCGGCCGUGGCCACGCCGGAGGCCAGCGUCCACAUGGCCACCUACGAUGGCUCCGUGGACCUGGCCCUGGAGCUGGCCACGCUCCACCUGCUGCUCUGUGACAUCUUCUCCAGCCUGGACCAGGCCACGCAGGAGGAGCUGGAGCCGCUGCCCACCAUCCUCAGGGCCAUCAGGGAGGGGACGCCUGUCCCCGUGUCCGUGUCCCUCAGCGCCACCGCUGGGAGGAGCGCCCCACCCCCCCCCAAGCCCGGCUUUGUCCCCCCCCGCGAUCUGCUCAAGCGCGGCCCCCUGAUCAAGAGCCAGUCCCUGACCAGCGUCCGGCGCGUCCGCGGCGAGGGGACAGCGACAGCGACAGCGACAGCGACAGCGACAGACCCGUCCCCAGAACCGGAACCGAGCCCGGAGCCAUCCUCGGUCCCGAUCCCGGCCCCGAACCGGCAGCGCCGCCACGUGCAGCGCACCCAGAGCGUCCCGGCCCAGCCCAAAACCCCGCGGGGACAGAACCGGGGGGACAGAGACGGGCACGCGACACAGGGGACAGCCAGGGGUGGCACCGGGACGGAGGUGAACGGGGAUGGACCGCUCCGGGGGAAGCUGCGCUCGUCGGCGUCGCUGCCCCGCAAAUCGUCGGUGCCGUGGCAGCGCCUGGCCGAGGACGCGACAGCCCCGGGGGAGCUCUACGGGCUGCGGCCGCUCGAGAAGCACGGGCGGCUGCUGGAGGCGCUGCGGGAGGAGCUGGCGGAGCUGCGGGAGCGCCUGGAGCGGGCGGAGGCGCGGGCGGCUCGGGCCGAGGAGCAGCAGCGGGAGCGCCUGGAGCGGCUCCGGGGGCAGCUGGACGAGGGAAACGCCCGAGCCGCGAACCUGGCGGCCAGGCUGACGGCGGCCGAGGGGACCCGGAGGAAAGAUCUGGAGAGGCUGAAAACCAGUGAGGAACUGGGCCGGGAACUGGAGCGCCGUCUCUCGGGGCUGGAGCGGGAGCUGCGCAGGACUUGGGGACAUCCCUGCGCUGUCCCCGUGUCCCCAAGGGGCUGUGACGAGCCCAGCGACGACGGCCAGGCCACCAGCGUGUGACACCAAGGUCACCAAAUGUCACCAGAGUGUGACACCGGUGUCACCAAGGUGUCACCGCCAUGGGAAUAAAUGAUGUCACCAUGUCACGA